UCAGCUCCGUUUAUUAUCAGUGGACGACACAGUUUAAGAAGAGAUUUGUUGCUGAACGGACGCCGCUCGCAUAGCCAGAGCGGAACACAGUACUUAACCGAUUUAUUGUUUGUCGUUUCGCUAGUUUGUGAUCCGGGUGAAAGCGGUUCAAAAGGAUGGCCUGUUCGAAAGCCCUUCAACGCAGCUCGGCCCUGCUGUUACGAAAUGCACUGGCAGUGCAAUGCCCGGCCGUAUCGCGAGCGAGCUCAUGGUGGAGCGCCGUACAGAUGGGUCCCCCGGAUGUGAUCCUCGGUGUGACGGAGGCUUACAAGCGCGAUACCAACCCAAAAAAGAUCAAUCUCGGUGUUGGUGCGUACCGAGAUGAUAACGGUAAACCAUUCGUUCUGCCCAGUGUACGCACGGCGGAGAAACGGAUCGCUGAGAAGCAGCUCGAUCAUGAAUACUCGCCGAUCGGAGGACCGGCCGAGUUCGGAAAACACAGUAUUUUGCUGGCGCUCGGUGAAAACAGUGAGCACGUAGCCAAUGGGCUUAAUGCAACCGUACAGGCCAUCAGUGGUACCGGUGCGUUGCGUAUCGGAGGUGCCUUCUUGGCAGGGUUUUUCCCCGGACCGAAGGAUAUCUAUCUACCGACACCCUCGUGGGGAAACCAUAAUCCCAUCUUCCGGCAUUCCGGACUGAACGUGAAAUCCUACCGCUACUACGAUCCAGCAACCUGUGGGUUUGAUUUCAAUGGCGCACUCGAGGAUUUGUCGAAAAUUCCGGAAAGAUCGAUCGUGCUGCUGCAUGCCUGUGCCCACAAUCCGACCGGUGUCGACCCGAAGCCGGAACAGUGGGCUGAGAUGUCGGCCAUCAUCAAGCGGCGCAAUCUGUUCCCGUUCUUCGAUAUGGCCUACCAGGGCUUCGCUAGCGGUGACGUCGCGAAGGAUGCCUUUGCCGUACGUGCCUUCCUGCGCGAUGGUCACCAGAUUGCGCUGGCCCAAAGUUAUGCCAAAAACAUGGGCCUGUACGGUGAGCGUGUGGGAGCGUUUUCGCUUGUGACGAGCAGCAAGGAUGAAGCCGAUCGUACCAUGUCGCAGAUCAAGAUCGUCAUUCGGCCCAUGUACUCGAACCCUCCGAUCAACGGUGCCCGGCUCGUGACGGAGAUUCUGGGUGAUGCCGAGCUGCGCAAGCAGUGGCUUAGCGAUGUGAAGCUAAUGGCCGACCGUAUCAUCUCCGUUCGCUCGACGCUGCGUAAUAAUCUGAAGGAGCUGGGUUCGUCACGCAACUGGGCUCACAUUACCGAUCAGAUCGGUAUGUUCUGCUUCACGGGCAUGAACCAGGCACAGUGCGAACGGUUGACGAAGGAGUACAGCGUCUACCUAACGAAGGAUGGUCGUAUCUCAAUGGCCGGUGUAACUACGAAGAACGUCGGGUACCUGGCAGAAGCCAUCCAUGCCGUUACGAAGUAAAUGACCAGAAGGACGCGAAUUCGAGAUUUGUUUACCACGAUGCUUUCAAUGUGGCCGACCUAACCGAACCGAGAUCCGACCCGAUAGGAGCUUACGGCAUUUAAAAUGCAUUUUCAUACGGAUAAAUCCGUGCUACAAACAAACAGACACACAGUGCUUUAAGCCUCCAGUAAUGUGUAAGAGAGACUAAAAUCAAAAACCCGAUCCAAAGUGUGCACGCCAUCACGCGAUGCUACAGUACUAGGCCUUGGCCACAUAGAGGAGGCAUUUCAUUUCCUAUUUUUUUCGAUCUUUUCUUUUGGUUUUUUGCUAACAGCAUUUAGUAAAACAGUUUACACUUGACACGAUGACAUGGAUUGUAAAACAUUCUGUCGAAACGGUUAGAGCUUAGCUCCCAUCGCAUCAUCAACCCAUGGAGAAUGAUCGUUUUGAACGAUGAUGCGAUGCUUUGUGAUUUUUUGGUUUUUGGGGCGAAUUAUGGCGUAUGGAGUAUUGAAAUUAUGUAGAAUAAAAAGAAAAGGAGAAUAAGAGCAAAAGCUGAGCACAGAACAGGGCCAACAGCAAAUGGUAAAUGAUAGAUUGCAUAUCCUGUGACAACUGUAUUCGAAUCCAAAUAGAUGGCAUUUGGCGACCGAGUGUCUGCUAAUACCAC